CCCUCUCCCUCCUCGCCGCCGCCGCCACCAUGGCAACCACCGCAGCCGCCGCGGCCGCCACCCUCUCCGCCACCGCCGCGACGGCCAGGACGGGCCGCAACCCACUCCGGCGCCAGCGGCACCACCUCACCCCCGCGCGGCGCGCGGUGGCGGCGGCGGCGUCAAUCAGGUGCUCCGCGGUGUCCCCCGCCACGCCACCGUCCCCGGCCCCGGCGCCGCCCGCCACCCCGCUCCGGCCGUGGGGCCCCUCCGAGCCCCGCAAGGGGGCGGACAUCCUCGUGGAGGCGCUCGAGCGGUGCGGCGUCAUCGACGUGUUCGCCUACCCCGGCGGCGCGUCCAUGGAGAUCCACCAGGCGCUGACGCGCUCGCCCGUCAUCACCAACCACCUCUUCCGCCACGAGCAGGGCGAGGCGUUCGCGGCGUCGGGGUACGCGCGGGCGUCCGGCCGCGUCGGGGUCUGCGUCGCCACAUCCGGCCCCGGGGCCACCAACCUCGUGUCCGCGCUCGCCGACGCGCUGCUCGAUUCCGUCCCGAUGGUCGCCAUCACUGGGCAGGUCCCCCGCCGCAUGAUCGGCACGGACGCCUUCCAGGAGACGCCCAUAGUGGAGGUCACCCGCUCCAUCACCAAGCACAACUACCUGGUCCUUGAUGUGGAUGACAUCCCCCGCGUUAUACAGGAAGCCUUCUUCCUCGCGUCUUCAGGCCGUCCUGGCCCGGUACUGGUGGACAUCCCCAAGGACAUCCAGCAGCAAAUGGCUGUGCCGGUUUGGGACUCAUUGAUGAAUCUACCGGGGUACAUUGCACGCCUGCCGAAGCCACCCGCGACCGAAUUGCUUGAGCAGGUCCUGCGUCUGGUUGGCGAGUCACGGCGCCCGAUUCUCUAUGUUGGUGGUGGCUGCUCUGCAUCUGGUGAUGAAUUGCAUCGCUUUGUUGAGCUGACUGGUAUCCCAGUUACAACUACUCUGAUGGGCCUUGGCAAUUUCCCCAGUGAUGAUCCAUUGUCCCUGCGCAUGCUUGGGAUGCAUGGCACAGUGUAUGCAAAUUAUGCAGUCGAUAAGGCUGACCUGUUGCUUGCAUUUGGUGUGCGGUUUGAUGACCGUGUGACUGGGAAAAUCGAGGCUUUUGCAAGUAGGGCGAAGAUUGUGCACAUUGAUAUUGAUCCAGCAGAGAUUGGCAAGAACAAGCAACCACAUGUGUCAAUUUGUGCAGAUGUCAAGCUUGCUUUACAGGGCUUGAAUGCUCUGCUGGAAGAGACCACAAUAAAGAAAACCUCUGAUUUUAGUGCAUGGCACAUUGAGUUGGACCAACAGAAGAGGGAGUUUCCUCUGGGAUACAAAACUUUUGGUGAGGAGAUCCCACCACAAUAUGCUAUCCAGGUGCUGGAUGAGUUGACAAAAGGAGAGGCAAUCAUCGCUACUGGUGUUGGGCAACACCAGAUGUGGGCAGCACAAUAUUACACCUACAAGCGGCCACGGCAGUGGCUGUCUUCAGCUGGUCUGGGUGCAAUGGGAUUUGGGCUGCCUGCUGCAGCUGGCGCUGCUGUGGCUAACCCAGGUGUCACAGUUGUUGACAUUGAUGGAGACGGUAGCUUCCUCAUGAACAUUCAGGAGUUGGCUUUGAUCCGCAUUGAGAACCUCCCUGUGAAGGUGAUGGUGUUGAACAACCAACAUUUGGGUAUGGUGGUGCAAUGGGAGGACAGGUUUUACAAGGCAAAUAGGGCACAUACAUACUUGGGCAACCCAGAAUGUGAAAGUGAGAUAUAUCCAGAUUUUGUGACUAUUGCUAAAGGGUUCAAUAUUCCCGCUGUCCGUGUGACAAAGAAGAGUGAAGUCUGUGAUGCCAUCAAGAAGAUGCUUGAGACCCCAGGGCCGUACUUGUUGGAUGUCAUCGUCCCACACCAGGAGCAUGUGCUGCCUAUGAUCCCAAGUGGUGGCGCAUUCAAGGACAUGAUCCUGGAUGGUGAUGGCAGGACUGUGUAUUAAUCUAUAUAUUGGCAAGGUCCCGCCUAUGUUUGACCUGAAUGACCCAUAAAGAGUGAUAUGCCUAUGAUGUUUGUAUGUGCUCUAUCAGUUACUAGGGUGUCAACUAUGAACCAUAUGGUUUUUUAUUUUACCUGUUUGAUGUGCUUGGCAUGGUAAUCCUAAUUAGCUUCCCGCCUACUAGGUUUCUAGUGUGUUGAUUUAUGUAGGCAUAUGCAUCGCACGAUAUCAUGUAUGUUUCUUGUCCUACAUAUCAAUAAGAGAAUAAAGUAUUUCUAUGCAAUA